AUGAUGAAUCCUUCAAGAGUGGUGUUGCUUUUUGCCAUCUGCCUUAUCUGCUUGGCUUCUAUUAGUUUGGGUGCUGUCAUAAGAAACAAAGCUGAGAGUCGAGAGAAGAGAGCUAUGCCAAACUGGAGCAUGACGGCUUCCGAUUUUUAUGGAUGGGUAGAAGAAUUACGUAGACUGGCUGCCUAUGAGAGGACUGAUGAAAUGGCCAAAGUUUACUGGGCUCACUUUCCCAUUUCAUCUCAUUUAGGCUAUGAUGAGCCUGAAGUUGAAGAUUAGUUAAAUCAAUGAUUUCUUUUCUUGAUUACUAUGU